ACCAUAGCUAGCUGCGCGUGACCUGGGAACUGACCACUGCUCGGUAAUCUCACCCACUGCUGACCAAGGGGAACCAACCCAAUCGGCUCAGCCAGUGCAGCAGUCACAGGAAGCGCGGCUCUAUGUGAGUGUACAUGGGUGUCUAUGUAUGAUGGGGGGAGGAGACUGAAACUAACUUUGGCUAACCUGAUUAACUGAACAAUAACUCAGGACAUCCUGACUACAAAUAGCAGCCUCUGUGCCGUCAACACUUCAUUUCUCUCUCUCUCUCUCUUUCUCUCUCUCUCUUUACACCUCGCAGAUCAGCGGGAGCACCUGUACCAGACUUUGCUAAUUGGCCUGCAAGUUUUGCCACAAUGAGUCCCAAGAACAUCAUCUUUAAGAAAAUGUCCAAAGACAAAUCGGUUGCUGUGUACAUGGGGAAACGUGAUUUUGUUGAUCAUGUGAACUCAGUGGAACCAGUGGAUGGUGUUGUCCUUAUAGACCCAGAACUGCUGAAAGGCAAAAAAGCGUACGUCGCCUUGUCCUGCAUGUUCCGGUAUGGCCGAGAUGACAUGGACGUGAUGGGACUCGCGUUCCGGCGGGACAUUUACCUCUCCACUCGGCAGAUCUACCCCGCGCUGCAGGACAAGAAACAGUGCACUCUCACCAAGGUGCAGGAGAAACUCCUGCGCAAACUGGGCGACAAUGCCUACCCCUUUUUCUUCGAGUUCCCUGAUAACCUGCCAUGCUCUGUGGGCCUGCAGCCGGCUCCUAAAGAUGUGGGGAAGCACUGCGCUGUUGAGUUCGAGGUGAAGGCCUUCAGUGCUGAGAGUCAGGACGCUAAAGUCCGCAAACGGAGUACAGUCCGUCUGAUGAUCCGUAAGGUGCAGUACGCCCCAGAGAAGACAGGUCCAGCUCCCUCAGUGUCCGUCACCCGUGACUUCCUCAUGUCUGAUAAGCCUCUGCAUGUGGAGGCAAGCCUGGAGAAGCAGACUUUUUAUCAUGGGGAACCAAUACACGUACGGGUCAACAUCAACAACGAGUCCAACAAAACUGUGAAGAACAUCAUUCUCUCGGUGGACCAAAUCGCCACUGUUGUGCUGUACUCCAACGACAGCUACAUGAAGUCAGUGGACCUGUUGGAAUCUGAAGACUAUUUGGAAGCAGGUGGGAAAAUGGAGAAGGUGUACACACUGCUCCCCCUGCUGGCCAACAACAAGGAAAGGCGGGGCAUUGCGCUUGAUGGAAAACUGAAGCAUGAAGACACCAAUCUUGCCUCAACUAGCGUAAUUAAAGAGGGGGUCCUGAAAGAGGUGCUGGGGAUCUUGGUGUCCUACAGAGUCAUGGUGAAGCUCAUCGUGGGCGGGCUGGUGGGCUCCAGCGAGGUUGGACUGGAGUUGUCAUUCCAGCUUAUGCACCCGAAGCCUGAUUCAGUGAAAGAAAGCGAGGAGGAAGAGAUGGUGUUUGAGGAGUUCAAGCGCACCAACCUAAAAGGCAUGCAGGAGGACGACGAGGAAGGGAAUAUUUCUGCGGGUGAGCCUUGAGGAACGCUCAGAGAACACAGGCUCCUCGAAGAGCACGGCCAACUGGAAUACUGAAGUUAGAAGACGGUAGAGAGAGGACUGCUGUGAUAGCAAGAGCCCUGCACUGAAAUG